AUGGAUCCUUUGAAGCUGUUGUCCCGGUCUACGAAACUGUCGAAGAACGCGAAUAUACGAGCACAGCGGAACAUACCAUCUACUGGUCAGAACACCCAACCGCAACUCUUCCCAGUCAGAACCGAGUCGAAUCGCAAUCGCGCUGCGCCAUCGAAGAAGCGCAAGAGGGACGAAUCUGGCGAAUUAGACUUCUUUGGGAAAGCAAGAGCAGAGUUACCUGGAGGCGCGAAAGACGUGACAGCGGAAAGAUCUGAUCUGGGUGGCAGCGAUGACGAGCAUGAACAAGGCACGGUCGCGGAGGAUUUGGCAACCGCCACAGAUGUCGUUCUCUCUGCAGAUGAAUGCAAAGCAAUACUCAGAAAACACAAAUUGAAGGCUACAUGGCUGAAUCCUCCUGCGCAAGAGAAGAGACAAGGUCGGAAAGACACUGCAAAGGCGAAGAGGGAAGGGCAGGACACAAAGAAAUCGAAGAAGGUUCACUUAUUUCCGCAGCCUCUGAAGUCCUUCUCGCAGCUCCGUGCGCGCAAUGGCAUAUCCAGUAAGCUUGCUGCCAACAUCCAGGACCAAGGAUACGAUAUGCCCACAGAGGUGCAGCUCGCGGCACUCCCGCUUCUACUGGAUACGCCUGAACAGUUUCUACCGUCGCAGUCGGCGCCAAGUAUUGAUCUUCUCACUGUUGCUCCUACUGGUAGCGGUAAAACGUUGGCCUUUAUGAUUCCUCUAAUACAGACUUGUGUUCAGGCCAAGCACGAUCAUGAAGAGCUGCGCAAGAAGACAUUGGCUAUCGUCCUGGCUCCAACUAAAGAGCUUGCCGGUCAGAUCGUAAACGAGGGGCGAAAGCUUGCACGGGAGACUGGUGUCAAGAUUACCCAGGUUCGGAAAGGUAUGAGACUCACUUCAGCUCAGCCCAAGACCAGCAGUACGGAGGACACACCCGAGCAAGACACCAAGACGGUGGUGAAGUCUGACAUAUUGGUAUCCACCCCGGGCGUCUUGGCAAAGGCUCUACGUGAAGCUAAGGAACACGAUCCGUCUGUCCUCGGGAAUGUGCGUCGCAUCGUUCUCGAUGAGGCAGACGUGCUCCUUGAUCCGCUUUUUCGAGAUCAGACCCUGGAAAUCUGGAACAGCCUUUCAUAUCCCGGACUGCGUGUCAGUAUGUGGUCUGCUACCAUGGGCAGUAAUAUUGAGGAGAUGGCUCGUUCAACCAUCAUCGAACGGCAAGAUUCCCAAGAAGCUGCAGAAGCUCCUCUUGUGCGGUUGGUCGUUGGAUUGAAAGACUCAGCUGUUCCCAACGUUCAGCACAAGCUCGUUUACGCGGCCUCGGAGCAAGGGAAGCUUCUGGCCUUGCGGCAGUUACUCCAUCCCACUACUUCCUCCAAGGACUCUGGUCCAGCUCUCAUUCCACCAUUCCUGGUAUUCACACAAACUAUCAAACGGGCCGUUGCAUUGCAUUCUGAGCUUCUAUACGAUAUCCCGGCGGAGGCAGGUGGCAUAGGUCGGAUCGCAGUAUUGCAUUCUGACCUUUCCGACACCGCGAGAGACAGCGUGAUGGCAAGAUUCCGUAAAGGCGAGAUAUGGGUACUCAUCACAACCGACUUGCUGUCCAGAGGCGUCGAUUUUCGCGGGGUGAACGGGGUGGUAAACUAUGAUAUCCCUACAUCGAGUGCGGCUUACGUGCAUCGCGUUGGUCGUACUGGCAGGGCUGGGCGAGAAGGCGGCGUGGCUGUCACCUUGUACAGCAAGGAAGAUACCACGUACCUGAAACCGAUUGCCAACCUAGUAGCAACAGCGCAUAAACUCAAAAGCGGAGCGGACGACGAAGGCACGACGGGAGUUCAUGCAUGGCUUCUCGAUGCACUUCCUAGCCUGAGCAAGAAAGCCAAACAAGACCUGAAGAAACGCGGCGUUGAAUCGAGGACCGCGGCAGGAGCGAGCGAAGAUCCUAAAGCAGGACGUGGGGCCAAAAUUAGUAGCAAAGCUGGCUACUUGCGCCGCGAGCAAAAUCGACGGAAAGGAGCGAUUCUGGGCAGUCAAAAGAGGCAGCAAGCCGAGACUGCCGACGGCGAUGACACUGACUUCGGUGGAUGUGACUGA